UGCCAUUGUUGUAAUUUAGGACAACCCCCUUCAGCAGAUGCUGGUCUCUUUUUCAAAAAGUCCUGAGCCGCAGUGAACACUUUACAGUUACACAGCACUUCCUUGUGCACCACAUCAAACUCCGUCUCCUGAACACCCAAAAAGCUCCUGCGGAUAAACUCCAGCCAUGAACGACGACGAGGACCAGUAUCAGAACUUCCUGGACCUGUUCAAUGACACUAACACGACUGACCCGAGCUACGUGGUCAGUAAAACUGUCACCAUCUGCACGAAGCAGGCCAUCAACAACUUUGGUGCGAGAUUCAUCCCGGUUUUCUACUAUGUCAACUUUCUCCUGAGUUACCUUGGCAACGGCCUUGUCCUUUUCAUCAUCUACAAGUAUGAGAAGCUCAACACAGUGACAAACAUAUUCCUCCUGAAUUUGGUCCUAUCCAACAUCCUCUUUGCCACCAGCCUGCCCUUCUGGGCGGCAUACCAUCAGUCGGAGUGGAUUUUUGGCCAGGCUCUGUGUAAGAUGGUCAGCAGCGCCUACUUCAUCGGCUUCUACAGCUCCAUCCUCUUCCUCACGCUCAUGACCAUUGACCGAUACCUCGCAGUGGUGCACGCGGUGGCAGUUACCAAGAGCCGGAGAAAGGCAAAUGCCAUCAUUGCCUCAGUUGUGGUUUGGUGUAUCAGUGUUGUUGCAAGUCUGAAAGAGCUGGUUUUACAGAAUGUGUGGGAGAGUCCGUACAAUGGACUGAUGUGUGAGGAGUCAGGAUACCAAGAGAUCACCAUGAAGUACUGGCGUCUCGUCAGUUAUUACCAACAGUUCCUGCUCUUCUUUCUCCUGCCUCUGUUCUUGGUGAUGUACUGCUACAUCAGAAUCACUGUCCGAAUCCUGUCCACCCGCAUGAAGGAGAAGUGCCGUGCCGUCAAGCUCAUAUUUGUUAUCAUCUUCACGUUCUUCAUCUGCUGGACACCCUACAACAUCCUCAUCCUCAUCCAAGCUAUACAGAUCUCCAACGAGAACGAAGAUGGCGACUCAUGCUCUGAGAGCUUAGACUAUGCCCUGUACGUGACCCGCAACGUAGCCUACCUGUACUGUUGUAUCAGUUCUGUGUUUUAUACAUUCGUGGGAAAGAAGUUCCAGAGCCACUUCAGGAGGCUGAUGGCAAAGAAGAUCCCAUGUCUGAAGAGACACAUCAGCCUCAGCAGCCAGAGCACCAGAUCCACAUCACAGAAGACACCACACUCUGCUUAUGACUACUAGACAGACACACACACACACACACACACACACACACACACACACACACACACACACACUGGACAAUCACAUAGACUUGUAUCCUCCUGUAGUCUGAGGCCUGCUUAAGGUGUGUUUACUUGUGCUCUUUAGUUGGGGAAUGCAGGAGCAUUUCAGUUUACUUCCUGUCAGACUCUUUUAAAAAAAAAAAAUGUUGUUCCAAUAACUUGAUUACAUAAGUUUGAUAUUUCCCAAAUGUAGAUAUAAUGUGAAUAAGAUUAUGUCAUGUCAAAAUGUUUCACAACGUGUGCAGAGCCGGUAAUCCCAGGGCGCCCUGGAAACUGGUUUGUUGUAAUUCAUUGAAAAUGUAAGGGUAUCGAAGGCUAACACGCUUUCUUACUGUCAACAAAAUCCAUGAAAAGUCCCCAUAUAUAAUUCAAAACAGCUCACAAACACAUUGAUUUAUUCUUCAAAAAGUUAAAAGCUGUGGCAUUAUUUAAACUCCUGCACCAUGGCGGGUUGCUUCCAUCUGCACAGUGAUAGACACAGACAGGAUUUUGUUGGACGUCGUUGUUAAGGUUCCUUCUCGAGUGACUUUACGUUGUCCAUGUUUCUCUUUGCUGCUUGAUCAUUUCACGCAUGUGAUCAAGAUCUGGUCUGGAGUUCCAGUCUUGUUGAUUUAAAUGCUUGUAGGGACGUUAUGUACUUGACACAUCUCAUCCAGAUGCUUUAAAAUUAAAUGUAAACCCACAUUAAUCCUCCAAUAAACAUGAUAAUCUGA